AUGGACAGUUUACGCAUCUCCAAAAGAGAGGCCAGUCAGUUCUUAGGCAGAGACAGACGAGAAAAUACGAGAAGUCACUUGGAAGAGGGUUCACUUUUUAGCAACAACGAUAAUCUAGAGCGGGAAUGUCUCGAAGAAAAAUGCUCGCUCGCAGAGUUGAAUGAGGUUUACGAGAGUGACAAGGGACCACAGUUUCAAAAGGGGCUGUAUACUGCUGCGCGGGAGUAUCUUGAAAACCUCCAUCUUGUGGAGCAGCGAUCAUGUGCAGAGCAUAUCCAUGUUGUAGACACGAGACACCAAGUAGAUGGGAUGUACUACGCUGUUUAUGAUUACACUAUUUCCGCUGUGAAUACCUACUUGAAGCCGUUCAUCUAUCAGCACGCGACGAUUCCUCAACUUGCUCUAGUUCUCUGCUCCGAUGAUGUGGACCAGUCAUGUAAAUGGCGCUUCGUGAAUACGAAAACUCAGAAGUGCACAAACAGGUGCUACUCAACCCGGCCAGGCGUUGAGUUUUGCCCAAGCUUUGACUUUUCCAACUUCGGGUACCCUUACAAUAAUCCUGGAUCUCUAACACUUGAGAAAGUUAACUACGUUUCAACUUCGAUCCCUUGCUGGCAGAGUCAUGGAACCUCCCACCAAGGGUGCAAAUGCAACCACGAAACCCGUGUUUGUGAAAGACAGUUGCUCCUGUACAACACGCUCUGGAAUCGCUGCGAUCAUAACUGCAAGGCAGCUUCCGGAUGCAAUGACUUCAAGCAUGCAUUCUGCUGCUCCGAAGAACAGGGCAAUACCAGUUGCCCUCCGGAAAUGAAUCACCAUCUCGGCUCUGGAUACAAAUUCGUCUAUCCCCUCUACUGGUCUGAGUGGUCUCCGUGUCCCGAUGACAAUAAAGACGAUUGCCGAGUCUGUGUAAAUUCGGAAGAGAACAAUCGCAAGUGCGGUGAUAACCUUCGACGACGAGGCGAAAAAAAAACGAGCUCCCAUUUCAAUGCGGAUAGAAACUCUUACAACUAUCUUUCAAACCUCCGAAACCUAAACGAAGAGUAUCUGGAUAUUCCCCCUAAAAGUGCUUACGUUUCUCCGCUAGCUUACACAAUCCCAAUAAUUCUCUUCGUCAUCAUUCUUUGCCUCGGAAUAUUUCUGGUGAAUCGCUUCUAUCGACGAUCCAGAGUCAGUUCAAUAAGAGAUAAUCCGUCCCAAACAUUUGAGCGACCUACUGGCAAUCCUUUCGCAAUCAACGAGCGCCGAUUUAGCGCAAGUCUUCCACACGGCGGCUCACAAGACUUUCGACUUGAACCUGUUAGACUUCCUCCUUCAUUCAAAUAA